AGUGGGGGAGGAGCAUGACAGCACGUAGACCUCUUCAAAUAGGCAUUUGACGACGGCCGUGUUACCUCUAGUCCACAAGCUUUCUCUUCAUCACCAACUUUUUAUAAAGCUUUAGCACGUGAACUCUAUUAUGUAGGCUAUUUGAACGUUUAAUAACGCAUGAAACGCGCAGGUGGACAUUGAAGCGUCUUCUUUCAAACACUUGAACGGUUUUAUAAGAAGUUUGCCGUUGACGGGAGUGUAACUUAUGGCUGCAGCAAAUCGCUUUAAACGAGUGAGAUCUCAACUGCCAUCAUGCUAUUACGAGGGCUUUCUGGAAAAGAAAUCAAUCAAAGACAAGAUGGGUCGUAAACUCUGGACCAGUUUAUGUGGCAAUUCACUCUUUUUCUACAAUAGCACCAAAGACAGUGUUUAUAUAGAGAAGCUGGAGCUCUCUGAUCUCGUCUCUGUAUCAGAUGACUGCUGUCGCGACCGAAACCUGGACGCUGCUAGAUUCACUCUGCACAUGAAAAAUGAAGAUAUCAAAAUGAUUGCCCCCAGCCUUGAGGCUCGAGAACUGUGGAAAGGCUUCAUGCUCUCAGUUUCAAAGGUUAGUUCAUUUGCUGAGACUGAUAAUGAGAAUGGCGAGAAAAGUCUGCAUUGUCCCAAAGUCCCUUCGCCUACUCCUCCAGUGCCACCCCCAAAACCAGCAUUUGCUGAGACUAAUAAUGAAAAUGGUGAGACAAUUGUGCAAUGUCCCAAAGUCCCUUCACCUACUCCUCCAGUGCCACCCCCAAAACCAGUCCCAAACAAUCAAAGAUCCAGUUCCGAGCCAAACACCUACAUCAAUGUCUCAAAUGCUGGAGAGUAUGAGGUGGAUCAUGCAGCAUGUUCUCCACCUCCUGUCCUGCCACGUCUUCCAGCAGGGCGAUAUUUGCCUCAUCAGAAUUCAAUGCCUCCAGAUCUAAUCAGCAGUUCAGAUGUUGAAAGGAAACCUUUGGUACCUUCUGGCUACCCUAAAAAAAGUUCCCGAAGCAACAGCUUGUCAGGCAUGCCUAACAAUAUUCCCAAGUGUCAGCAACAACAUGUUGACAUAAAUGCUGGAACUGCUGAAUGA